AUGGCCAUGGCCUGGGUACGUCCCGAGGACGGAAUACUGAUCGCAAAUCUGCUUCUCACGGUGUUGCUCGCCAUUGGCAGUGCCGUCGUGGUAGCUACCUCCAUCACGACCACCGCAAUCCGCUUGUAUGUCAUGAGUCUUAUGAUGCCUGCCGUGUCGAUGAUCAAGAAAGUGAAGCAAAAUAUCAAAAUGCGCAUCCGAGCCAAAAUCCAAGCCAUCAAAAUGCGCAUUCGAGCGAAAGUCCAAGCCAAAGUGCAAGCCGUCAAGCGUACUCGAAUCUGGAAAUUCAUGACACGAGUCUGGAGAUUCUUGCAAACCACUCUGCUGAAGAUCGGACGCCUAAUCCUGCUUAUCCUGGUGGCAAUUGAAGAUCGAACUCGUCUCUUCUCGAAUUUGUUGGCUAAAUACAUGAAAAUGCACAAGCGACUCUUGAUAUCGUACCGACUCAUGAAGUUCAGAUGGUCAGAGUUCGGGAUAACUUGCAAGGAUUGUGGAUCCUGUAUCUGA